AUGAAACAAUGUCCGUCCACAGGAGUACUUAUUUUUUCAAUAAGACUUAUAGUGUUAGGAGUUAGGAGAGGCGAUGGACUAGUGGCAGAAAAGGUCUCUGGUUCGUCUCCGCCAGGAAUAAUGGGCCUCUCACAAACGCUCCUCGUUUACGCGCUGGUGUGCGUCCACCUUGGAGUUUCCCAGCAUUACCUUCGCCUCCGUCCAUCGCCCAGUGACAACCUCCCCGUGCCCGAUCUGAAGGAGGACCCCGACCCGGAGUACGACCCCCGGGAGCAGGACUUGGCCGAGAGGACACUGAGGAAAAAGCUCGGCAGCAACUUCGACCCCAACUUCAUGUCCAUCAGCUCCCCCAUGCUGGUGAACCUCUCCGCGGCAGACAACCAGGUGAAGCUGCAGGGGCCCAUGCCCAACGAGAUUAAAAAGCUGGACCUCACAGAGACCCCUUAUGGAAAGCGGGUGAAAGUGGGCAAGAAAGCCCGCAGGAAAUUUCUGCAGUGGCUGUGGACCUAUACGCACUGCCCGGUGGUGUACACCUGGAAGGAUUUGGGCGUGAGAUUCUGGCCACGUUACAUCAAGGAGGGAAACUGUUUCUCUGAGCGCUCUUGCUCCUUCCCAGAGGGGAUGUCCUGCAAGCCCGUCAAGUCAAUCAACAAGAUUUUCCUGCGGUGGUAUUGUCAGGGCUUUCUAAGACAGAAAUACUGUACGUGGAUACAGGUGCAAUACCCAAUCAUCUCAGAGUGCAAGUGUUCGUGCUGA